AUGUUCGGACUGUUGCACAACAUGCAGCGAAGGAUUUUGUAUUACUUACUCUCUCUAUUCUUUGGAGGAAACAAAUCCUAUCAAUUCCGACCCGGUGAUAGUGUCUUGGUCAUUGAAGUCGGAAAAGAUUAUGUGAAAUACUUUAAAUUAACAAAACCAACUACGCAAAAGCACUCUGAUAAAUAUUUAGAACACAAGCAGCAUGUUAGUAGUGGAACGUAUUUAAAUAUGAGGAGUUUACUUCCGUUGAAACACGAAAAACCAAUCACCUCUUUAAGAAUUAUGGAAAAUUAA